AACCAAAGAAAGAAAAAGUUUCGAUUACACAUCUUUUUUCCGGCAAUCACUUUUCUCUUCUAAGAUUUUGCUAAAAGAGUUAAAAAUGAGAACACUUUGUCCAAAUUUCGACAGAGAAGACGGUCUAGAGACCGUGUUGGAAGUUCCGAUGCCGGAGGAGUUGUUCUGUUCCGACAACAACAAGAGCGGCACUUGGCGUAGCGUCAAAUCUAGUUUGCUCCGGUCACCGCCGGAUAACAGUAGCAGCCUCGCCACACUUUUUGGUGGUCGUGACGCUCAGAUUCAGAUGCUUCUUGGAAUUGUUGGAGCUCCGUCGAUCCCUCUUCCUGUUUCUUCCGAUCAAGACGAGAUUGAUCAUCCCAUCUCCAAUCUCAUCAAAAACCAAUCUAUUGAAUCAGCCAUGGCGAAGUACAUAGUAAAGCAAUACACCGCAGCAGCUGGAGGAGAGAUGGAUUUGGCUGCGGUGGAGAGCAUGUACGCGAUCGGAAAGGUGAAGAUGGGAGUGACUGAGUUUUGUGCAGCGAAAACCCUAAAUGGGAAGAGGAAGAAGAAGAUGGUGAGGAUAAGAAACUUCAAUAACAACAACGGAAACGGAGGAGAGAUGGGAGGUUUUGUGUUAUGGAAGAAAGGUUUGAGUCAAUGGAGUUUAGAGCUUGUUGUUUCGGGUUGUAAAGUUAGUGCUGGUUGUGAUGGUAACGUGGCUUGGAGACAAAGCCCUUGGCUCGCACAUUCUCAUGCUUCUAAUGAACCUUCUGGACCACUUAGAAGGUUUCUCCAAGGGCUUGAUCCUAAAACCACCGCAAAUUUGUUCGCUGGAUCGGUUUGCGUGGGUGAAAAGGCGGUUAACGACGAAGAAUGCUUUGUGCUUAAGCUCGAAACGCAGCCUUCGGGACUUAAAUCUAGAAGCAAGAGCGGUAUGGAGACGGUGAAGCAUACCGUGUGGGGAUGUUUUAGUCAAAGAACAGGACUUUUGGUUCAAUUAGAGGAUACUUAUCUAGUACGGAUCAAGACCGGUCCGGAAGAAGAAGAUAUGGUCUUGUGGGAAACGACGUCUGAGACAUUGAUCCAAGAUUAUAAGAGCGUUGAUGGGAUUCAGAUCGCUCACAGAGGAAAAACACGUGUCUCUUUGUUGAGGCUUGAUGAGAGCUUAGAGAGCCAUUCAAAGACUACAAUGGAAGAGAGUUGGGAGAUUGAAGAAGUGGGAUUUAAUGUGAAAGGUUUGUCUUCGGAUUUCUUCUUGCCUCCAGGUGACUUGCAUACCAAGGAAGAAGAAGAAAGCGAAUUUAGUUUUGGAGAUUAUAGUAGUCCUAUGCUGCUUCCAUUGAAGGUUAGUACAGCUUCAUGGAAACUCAAGUCCUCUAAAGUCACAGCUAUUGAAGAUUUUGGUGAAUUUGAGGGAUGAAAAAUGAAGACGUUUCAAGAUAUUUUUAUUGUAAAUUGAUCUUCAUUUUUUUGUUGUUGUAUAUAUAUGAAAAUUAUGGAGAAAAGUGCUUGUAAAUAACAUUAUAAAGAAUAGAAAAGCAA